GCAGAGUUUUAAGAUCAUGGAUUACAGUCUGUUGAUGGGCAUCCACAACAUGGACCAGGCCAGUCGGGACCGGGAGCGUAGCGGGGGCAACUCUGGUGACAGUGGGGGGUCGGAGGGAGCAGUGACCCCAGAUCAGCGCCGGCCACAAAUUCAGAAAAGUCUUUACUGUACGGCCAUGGAGUCCAUUCAGGGGGAGGCCCGAGGGAAGGGUGCUUUGGAUUCAGAGGACCACAUGGGCGGUAUUCCAUCUCGUAAUAGUAAAGGAGAGAGGUUGCUGAUCUACAUCGGCAUCAUCGACAUUCUGCAGUCCUACAGGUUUAUUAAGAAGUUGGAGCAUUCCUGGAAGGCCUUGGUCCAUGAUGGGGACACAGUUUCAGUUCACAGACCUGGCUUCUAUGCAGAUCGUUUCCAGCAAUUCAUGUGCAACACGGUGUUCAAGAAAAUUCCACUAAAACUUUCACCUUCUAAGAAGAGUCGUGGUGGGGGUCAGGGCGGCCUCCGGAGGGCCCCCACCCUGGGCGCUCCCCCCCCGCUCUCCAACGCUACGGGACAGUCAGCAGUCGACUCCAGACUGGUCUACCACAGCCACUUCAAGAGCACCGACUCAGAGGCCGACAGCGGCGUGCAGUUCGGCAGACCAGAUCUUGUUCCGAGGACGCCUCCGCUUGGAGAAAACCCUGCGGACUACGAGGCCAACCUGUCCACCUCUUCACUCGGCAGCACAGGACUUGCUUCCACCUCUCCACCACUACGGUCUGUAGGGGUCGAAGUGCACAAAUCAGCCAACACAGACCUGGACCAUCACAGUUUUGGGGACGAAGGGGCUAUGGAUAAUUCAGGCAACCUGUCUGGGAAUUAAGAUGUGAUUUCACUCUCAGACAUCGUCCCGGAGACCAACAUCUGCUUUUAGAUAACAGACAUCUGAGGAUGACGUGUUUCUGAGCGAGGUUAUGUGGGUGGAAGAUUAAAGAGAGUGAAAGUCAUCCAUCCUCCACGGACCCUCCAUUGCACCUCAGUUCUUAUCAACCGUACCGAGUAUACAGGGAUCGCUGGAUGAAGCAGUGAGGUGCAGUGGAGGUUGUGACAAUGAAAUAGCAAUGGUGGAAAGUUCAAGAAGAAGCCGGUGAGCGGUAGGUUUUACCCUUCCCAGUCUUCAGCCUCCCAAAGCCCAAUUGACUUUGAUUUACACCUGGAAGAAAAAGGUGUAUGACCCUGAAAUUGUCAGAAUGACAUUGUUUGAACAAAGAUUUUCUGUCAUGCUCACAACAUGAAGGAAGCUUCAAUGACAUCAAAAACUAAACGAUUAGUUGUACAUUGCUAAAAGUCCAUGCCCCAGUCACCAGUGGAUGGUGAAGGCAGUUACAUUUCCCAUGAAGAGACAGUCGUGGUUCUUUGAGAUGGCACCAACAGCCUUUCAGCAGGAACAUGCACAUCAAGGGCAAAGCCUGCAUUUGUAAGAGUGAAUGUUUCCUGCAGAGUCUGGAUUCACAUUUCCAUGGUUCACACCUAAGUGUUCCAUUACCGCACAUCCAUACCCCCUUUUAUAAAUCAUCAUGACCAGGUGCACUCUGAGCAAUUAACACUCCUUUUUUUUAAUCAACAUGUGCUGCUGUUGACUCUGUAAACAUGAAUGCAUUUCUUUUAAUCGAUUGUCGAUGUACAUUAUUUGUUUGAAUUUGGAUUUUGGAUCAAUGGGUUUGAACCUAAAGGGGUCAUUUUGUUUCACGUUUUGUUCUAAGUUAUUCUGCUGGAGGCCACGGUGGUGAUGCAGAGGUCCAGCUAGAUCUUGCCACUGCUGAAUGUACAUUACAAUGUUUUUCUUACAUAGAAUGUGUCUUAUUAACAUGGCAGACCACAUUUGUACAACCCUGAAAUCUCCCUCUCUGAAGUGACCAUAUGUGCUCAUGAAGAGAGAAUAGCUGCUGCAGAGAGAAUACUGUAGCAUUGCUGUUACAUGUAGUCAUGGUAUUGAGCUAGUAGAAGAGUCAUAAUUCCCAGCUACUGUCCUCCAUCUGUCUGUGCCUUUACAUGUAUCCCCCUCCUGGACAUGUGAUAUAUAACUGACAUUUCUUACAGGUUAGUGUUGGAAAAACCUGCCUUAUCACUACAACUAAGGUCGUCAAACUGCCAUUUGUAUGUCUGGACCAACAAACAGGGCAUCAAAUAAUUUCAGAUUGUAUUGCAACCACUAGUACAAUCCCUCUUUUAUUAUGUGAUAAGUCUAAUCACAUUAGAGUGGUUAAUCUAAUCCUUUUAAGUUAGAAUGUCUUCUAUUUUUCAUUCCUGCUGGUUACAGAAAUGACCCAUGCCCACAUCCACUCUUGGACCAAUAUUAAUAACCAUGUGUUUAACUAAUAUUAGUUGUUUUAAUAUGUAGUCUUACUCAGAUUUGAUGUGGCUGUUGAUCUAAAAACAUAUGCUUUGUUUUCACUUAAUAUAUUGUGUUUAUGUUGUUGAGCUUUGUACCACCAAGAGAUAUUUCUGAUACAGAAAUGUGAAUAGCUACAUAGUUACUGUAGCACCACUCAAGAUCUUAGACAUCUCACUGAAGGAGUUACUGUGUGUGUUUGGUAGGCACAUUUGGUCUAUGAAGCAGAGAGGGAGAGGGAGAAGGGGAAAUGUGAUUUGUGAAUAUAGAAGAAAAGAAAACUACUUUCUGUUCAUCAAUGCACAGUUGAAGAUUUAGGACUGAGUCUUUUGUUGUUUAAGCCAGUCGCGGCACCAAAGAAAGGAGAAGGGGGAGUUCCUGCAAAUGUUCAGGAUCCAGUACCGUUAUCAUGAAAAUGAAAUCAGACGCUCCUCAUUACCUGCAUGGACUGAUAUUUUGUACAUGGUAAUAACACUGGGUUAACCUGUGUUUUAAGGAUCUGUUAUUACUGGAACUGGAUAUUUGUUUUUUUUUGCUAAAUAACUUAAUGUCUGAUAAGAUGUAUCUGACAUACAUGUAUUGUUUAUCAAAGAUUUAGAUUACUUUGUGGCCUGAGAUAUUUCAAGAUGCAACCUCCACAUUCCUGUUAAAUUAAGUACAAUUGUGGUAGCUCUUAGACACCAUUAUUUAACACCUUUACAUAGUAAGGAUAAUGUUAUUGAAAUCAAUCAUGUUUCAUAUGCUAAAAAUGUAAGAUAUUGAUUAUUUCCAAAAGAUCAGUUUAAAAUUGUAUUCAGUUGGAGUCAAACGGCCAACAAAGAAAACACUCCGAAAAUGUUUCUCACAGGAAAUCCAGAUUAUGUUUUGUCACACCUGGGUUUUGACUUGACUGGCACUGUGUAAUUGCUGGAUGCAUGUUCUACACCAUGGCACAAGACGAACAUGAUCCUCCUUCCUAAAGGGCGGUGUACUCAUUGUAGACACUACAGGUUAUUUGAAUUAAUGCAAUAUGAACCACAAUUUCUGCCACCUUUCAGCUCUAAGAAAUAUAUUUAUUGACAUGGUUGAUUGCUGCAGGCUGAAA